AUGAAUUUGCUGAAUUUUGGAUUCUUGGCCUGGGUUUCCUGUUUGUUCUUGAUUUUUGCAACUAAGGCUCAAAAUUGCAGUCCAAAUGAUUAUUCUGCACUGAGGGGAUUUGCAGACCAAUUGGUGAAUGGCUCAGUCAAGUUCUCUUGGUCUGGGGCAACAAACUGCUGCGAAUGGGACGGUGUUGUUUGUGACCUUAAUCGAGUGUCCAUCUUGAGGUUGCCAGGAAAGGACCUGAAGGGCAAUAUUUCUGAGUCUUUGGGCAAACUGGAUCGAUUGAAAUUGCUCGAUCUUUCACACAAUGACCUUGAAGGCCGGCUGCCGUUGAACUUCUCCAGCUUGAAGCAGCUGGAAGUUCUUGAUUUGAGCCAUAACUUGCUUUCCGGGCCUGCAUUCGGGCUGAUUACAGGGUUGGCCUCAAUUCGUUUGCUCAACCUCUCGAGCAAUUCCUUCUCGGGGAACCUAACUGAUUUUGGCGAAUUUCCCGAGCUUCUUGCAUUGAACAUAAGUAACAACGUGUUCACUGGCCCAAUCAACUCCAAGGUUUGCGCCUUUUCUAAUAGGAUUCGGGUUUUGGAUUUUUCAGCUAAUAAAUUUACAGGUGGGCUUGAAGGCUUAGAGAAUUGUGGUACAUCUCUCAAGCGGCUCCAUUUGGACAUCAAUUCUCUGUCUGGUGAAAUCCCAGACUCUAUUUACUCGAUGUCUUCUUUAGAGCAUCUUACGAUUUCGUCCAACAAUUUAUCGGGCGAGCUAAGCCUUAAAAUAAGUUCACUUUCUAAUCUUAAAAACCUUGUCCUGUCUGGCAAUAGUUUUUCUGGUUACUUUCCUAAUGUGUUCAGUAAUUUAACUGGACUCGAGCAACUUGUUGUGCAUUCGAAUUUGUUCUCGGGCCCACUACCCUCGACUUUGGCCUUCUGCAACAAGCUGCGUGUGCUUGAUCUUCGAAAUAACUCGUUCUCUGGUCCCAUUGAUCUUGAUUUUUCUAGAAUUCUCAAUCUCAAUAGUCUUGAUCUGGCCAGCAAUCAUUUUUCAGGUCAUUUGCCAGGAUCGUUGUCCAGUUGCCAAGACCUGAAAAUCUUGAGUCUUGCCAGAAAUAACUUAACUGGCCAAAUCCCCGAAUCCUAUGCUAAACUAUCGUCCCUUGUUUUUCUCUCACUGUCAAACAAUAGCCUUGUUAACUUGCGUGGUUCACUAACCGUAUUGAAAAAUUGCAAGAACCUCACAACUCUCAUACUCACCAAAAACUUCCAUGGUGAGCAAAUCCCCGAAAAUGUGACCGGGUUCGAGAGCUUAUUGGUUUUUGCCCUCGGAAACUGUGGGCUUUAUGGUCGAAUUCCCGAUUGGAUACUAAAUUGCCGGAAAUUACAGGUUCUCGACCUCUCCUGGAAUCACCUGGAGGGAACCAUCCCCUCGUGGAUUGGCCGAAUGGAAAACCUGUUCUAUUUGGAUUUUUCAAACAAUUCUCUCUCCGGUGGGCUCCCUGUAGGCCUAACCGAACUCAAGAGCUUGAUUUCCGAAAAGAGCUAUGCGUUCAGCCUCAACAUCUCUACCGGGAUCCCACUUUUUGUGAAGCGAAAUCAGAGUGCUGGUGGCCUUCAGUACAAUCAGGCGUCAAGUUUCCCACCUUCAAUCCUCCUUAGCAGCAACAGGAUCAGCGGGCCCAUCCGGCCCGAGAUCGGGCGGCUCAGACAGCUCCACGUAUUAGACCUCAGCCGGAACAAUAUUACGGGAACAAUUCCCAGCUCAAUCUCCAACAUGAUAAACCUUGAGGUCCUGGACUUGUCAAGCAAUGAUCUCCAUGGCCCUAUCCCCCCCUCGCUCGACAGGCUCACCUUCCUCUCCAAAUUCAGCGUAGCCAACAACCGACUCGAGGGAUCUGUCCCCGCGAGCGGCCAGUUCCCGAGCUUCCCUGCCUCGAGCUUUGAGGGCAACCCGGCCCUCUGUGGGGCCACGAUCCCCUGUGCUGCCUCCCGUGUGGGGCCCGAGGGGCCCACCCCCCCUACUCACAAUGGUAAAUUUAACCGGGCAGUUAUUCUCGGGCUUACGAUCGGGCUUGGAGCCGGCAUCGGUUUUCUACUCGUGAUCAUUCUCCGGAAAAUAUCAACGAAGGACAGGCGGGCCCCAGUCGAGGAUGGUCCGGUUGAGGAGGAGGUGGACCGAGAGUGCGGCGGGCCUCACUCCCCGAAGCUCGUGAUCUUCAAGGAUGGGGCAGGCUGCGAGGAUCUGACUGUGGCAGAUCUACUGAGAUCGACGAACAACUUUAGCCAGGUGAACAUUGUGGGCUGCGGCGGUUUUGGGCUAGUCUACCGGGCCGAUCUGCCGGGUGGCGGCAGGGCCGCCGUCAAGAGGCUGUCUGGGGACUGUGGGCAGAUGGAGCGUGAAUUCCAAGCCGAGGUCGAGGCACUUUCCAGGUGUCGUCACGUGAAUCUGGUCGGCCUCCUAGGGUACUGCCGGCGCGGGCCUGACCGGCUGCUGAUCUACUCGUACAUGGAAAACGGGAGCCUCGAUUACUGGCUGCACGAGAGGGAGGAUGGCCCACCACUCACGUGGGCCACUAGGCUGCGAAUAGCCCAGGGGGCGGCCCGCGGGUUGGCCUACCUACACCUGGAGCCUAACAUUGUCCACCGGGACAUCAAAACAAGCAACAUUUUGCUAGAUGCGAAGUUCGAGGCCCACCUGGCGGAUUUUGGGCUAUCGAGGCUUGUUAGCCCGUACGAAACGCACGUGACGACGGAUUUGGUGGGUACUUUGGGGUACAUACCGCCUGAGUACAGCCAGAGCAUGACGGCUACCUUCAGAGGGGACAUAUACAGCUUCGGUGUCGUGCUUUUGGAGCUGAUGACCGGAAGGCGGCCCGUGGAGGUGUGCAAGGGAAGGGGUAGUCGGGAUUUGGUGGGAUGGGUGUAUCAGAAGAAAUCCGAGAGGAAGGAAUGCGAUAUAUUCGACUCGGCCGUGCAGGACCGGGAUUGUGAGAAGCAGCUGAUGGAGUUGCUGGGUGUGGCAUGUUGUUGUAUAGAACGGGAUCCGAGGAGGAGGCCCUCGAUCGAGGCGGUUGUUUCGUGGCUUGAGGCAAUUGAGAUAAGGAAAGGUUGA